AUGAUGGUCCUGAGAGCCUGCGAAUUCUUCAGAGAGGGCUUAGUGUGCGCACUCGAGCCCGACUGCAAUUCUCGGCAUCCUCAAUGAGACAGAAGUUGCCUUACUUUCCUUUGAGCCUUGGUUUACUUUUGACUGUCGACAACUAGCUAUUUACUCUUGUAUGGACGCAGUGUAUCUAACAAUAUCCUGGAUCAUACUACCUGUCUUCUUGCUGUUCCCAAAACCCCGAUGCAGGUACCGCUUCACUGCUUCCUCCUCUGGAAUGAAAUCCGCUCGGAUGUCGAGGUCUUUCUCGGCCUCUACCAAAGAUCGAACGCCUUCGCCGAGCUCCAGGCGCAUUUGAUUUCGAUACCACGGCGCAAAAUGAACUUGACUCGUCAGCACAAUGUCGCACUGGUCAGGACGCGAGCUUACUCAUUGCCAACAUGAUGCGGAAUUCCGGGGUCAAGUUCGGCAUUCCAGCGUGCCACAGCCUGAGAUCACGGAUUAUGAGUGAUCCCUUUGAAAUCGUGGGUUGCAUGGGAGCCAAAACUGCACGUCGCCUCUCCAGCAAAGCCUCUUUAAUCCUGCCACUUGCACGUUCCCCAUGAGCGCCUUCCUGGUCGUCAACGCUGGUCGUGUUGUGUGUUCCCAACCAUAGCUCUGUUGACCCGUUGUUCGGAUUCAUGUCCACAAGUCCGACAUUGACAACCAACGCAAAAGGAUGUGAAGGAUGUCUGAAGUCCGAGUCUGCAUGAACCGGCUGCCUUUGGGGUACGUCGUCUUCGGUUGCCGGCAUCGCGGUGUUUCCCGACAUAAAGGUCAAUUUCGGCCGUGGACCCAAAACCGAAGAGGUAACCUGGGUCGCAAGGGAAUCUGUCCAUCGUUAACGGGCGUAUAACCCCAUGAAAGCAUCGACUUACUGAGAAAUAUGGUCGGCUCGAAGUGGGCUCUAACAGGAGGUGCGUCUUGUUGAAGGUUGCCCUUGGUGUAGUUGAACGGACUGCUGUCUCCUGCGUUGCGAAGUGUGACGGCAUCUUCUUUCAUCUUGGCGUUCAAUUUGUCGAGCACAUCGUGAUUGAUGGCAUCCUUGAUCACGACCAGACCGUCCUGGAGGACACUUCUUACAGCAAGUUCUAGGUUUCGCUCGCUAAGUCGGCCGGCUUCUACCUCAGCUUUGCUUGGUGAAACAACCACCGGAACUCUGUUUGUGACUUCGAGCUUUGCGGUAGUCAUUGAUCUAAGCAUAACCUUGGCCACCACAGAUUGACGGAUGGACGAUCUCAACAUACUCAUUCACUAUCAGCAUCAGUAUCAACUUCUCCUGAAAGAUCUCGCUGCAGCCACUUCAGCCCUGGUCUUAUACCUGUGUCCCCCUCCCCGGUUCACAAAUUCCCACCUUUGCCGAGACUCGGGAUAAGCUUCCCAGGGAGGCGAUGGUUGCCGAAUGACUUCGGGAAUGAACCCCAUCAGCCCUUCUUUUUCGGGUUAGCCUUCUUGACAUCAAGCCACAAACCUGGAGGACCCUCCAUACCUCGAUCGCGUGGUAAGGACACCACAGCUAUCGCCUUCGGCUUUGCGAUGCCUACUUGAGUAUAUCUGGCGGCAAUGUCUAGCACGAGAGCCAACACGGUAGCAUGGAGACCUAACCUUGACCUCCCCAUGGAACCAGAAAUCUCCACGUCCAGAUGCCCCGUCGCCCGUAUAUAAUCACGCCUACAAAGACCUCGUCAAGCAUUCUAGGACCGGGUUUCAGUUAUCAAUGCCCUAUUCUUGAACUCUGCAUUGUGGCCAUUUUCAACAUGCAAUUUGAUCCCAGCCUUCCAAAAAGCAGCACAUCAUCGCCCGCAUCAUUCGCCUACAAAUCUGUGCGAGAACGAUGGCCAACAAUUGUCACGAAUGCCAUUAAAGAUGUCCAACGUCAAAUUGACCAAUAUGAACGCAGCAAUCCGAAGAUUGUAAGACAGGGCAUGCAAAUUGUUGCGGAGCUGGAAUGUCUAAAGCAAGAAAUGCAUCAAAACUGCACGCUUUCUCCAUUGCCGGAUGAAGAAGGAGAGCUUCGUGGUGAUGUCGCCAUCUACAAUCAGGAGCUCCAAGACCGAGGGGCGCAAAGUGCAACUGUGGGGGUACGAUGGCAUGAAGUUGAGUGGCUAUUCAGCGAGUGCUAUCUCUAUCGACGACUCUUCGGAUCGUUCUCGCGUAGGACAUUGUGGGAAACGUAUGAUGUUUUUCAAGAGCAAAAGAGGGACGCAUUCAAACAGUCCAAGAAUGCUGUCCUGGAAAUGGCGGCGUACUAUGUCAAUGUGACCGAAAAUAUCGGAUGCGACAGCGGGACUGUGUUAUCCCCUGAAGCAGUCGAGAGGAACAGGGCCGUUUUCUCGGACAUGAUGCAACAGUGCCUUUGGGGCAACGCGACGGACCUCAGCCUUCUCACCACGCUCACCUACGAGAACAUUCAGCAGCUCCAGGGCAGUGAGGUAUUCAAGCGUCGACGCGACAAAGUUUUGGUGAAUGACCUAGACCGAGCCUUCGAUCUCCUCUGGCAGGCAAGGAAUCAGGGCGAAGAGCAUCGGACGGUGGACUUUGUGUUGGACAAUGCUGGAUUCGAGCUCUUUGUGGAUGUUGUGGUGAUAUGCUAUCUCCUGAAGAGCGGGCUUGCGACAAACGUGAAGAUGCAUGCGAAAAAAAUCCCGUGGUUCGUCAGCGACGCCACUCCGACAGACAUCGAGCAACUGUUCGACAUCAUUCAACGGCCUCUAGACUUCUUCAAAGACUCAAAUGACAGUGGGUCAGGGGAUUUUGCCAAGAUGUAUGAUGAGCAGCCGCAACAUUUGGAAGUCCUUCAUGGCGACCUCCGUACUUUUCGAGCUGAAGGACGGUUGGCGUAUCAGACUAGCAACUUCUGGACUCAAGCUGGGAGCUUCUGGCGACUUCCCAUAUCCAAUACCGGUCUUUUUGCCGAACUGAGAAGCUCACUCCUCGUUGUUCUCAAAGGCGACCUCAACUAUAGAAAGCUCGUUGGCGAUGCUUGUUGGGACCCGACCACACCGUUUCAAGAGGCUUUGGGCCCUCUCGGAAAAUCUUCCAAGCUCAACAUUCUCUCCUUGCGCACUUGUAAAGCGGAUGUGGUUGUCGGGCUCCCUCCGGGUAAAGACGAAGAACUCCGCUCGUUGCCAGAAGGCGGCGGCGAGUCUGGUUCAAGGGCAUGGGCUUUGGACGCGUCGCGUGCUGUUAUGCAGUUCUCCAAAGGCCGAUAGAUUACCGUAAUGUCCUGCUUCAUGCGUGGAUCGAAUAAAGGGAGGAAACUACGCUCCGACAAGGAAUUGUCAAGGAUCUCAAUCUCUAAUCUAAU